CACAAUUGUUGGAAACCAACCAAUGCAAAACCCUACUGAAGAAGAACAGUUGAUGGAUGAGGAAGGGAUUUUUGUAUAUUCUUGAAAUACAUAUUCUUGAGUUUUCAUACUUAACCACGUCGGUUUAUUUAAAAAAAGGAACAUGCCUUUAUUUUCCCAAAAUCCAUUUGAGCAAGAUGUUGAGAAAGCCACCAGUGAAACCAAUACAGUGGAGGACUGGGGCCUGAUCAUGGAUAUUUGUGACAGGGUUGGACAUACACCCAAUGGAGCUAAGGACUGCCUGAGGUCUGUAAUGAAGAGAGUCAAUCACAAGGUUCCACAUGUAGCCAUGCAGGCCCUCACUUUGCUUGCUGCCUGUGUCAAUAACAGUGGAAGAAUCUUUCACUUAGAAAUCUGCUCACGGGAGUUCGCCACUGAAGUCCGAACUGUAUUGAGCAAGGCCCACCCAAAGGUUUGUGAAAAGCUGAAGGGGAUGAUGGUGGAGUGGUGUGAAGAGUUCCAGAAAGAUCCACAGCUCAGUCUGAUCAGCGCCACCAUCAAGUCUCUAAAAGAAGAGGGGGUUGUCUUCUCAUCAUCUGGCUCACAGGGGUCCAGCCUAAAGGUCACCGCCCCCACUGCCGGUAAACCUUCUGACGACGACGACCUGGCCAAAGCCAUCGAGCUGUCCCUGCAGGAGCAGAAGCAGCACGCUGAGACCAGGCCCCUCACCGUCAGCGCCGACCCCCCCUUCAACACCAACGGGGGCGGGGGCAGCCGGGACUCCCUGAAGGUGCGGGCGCUCUACGACUUCGAGGCCGCCGAGGACAACGAGCUCACCUUUAAGGCAGGGGAGCUCAUCCUCGUCCAGGACAACAGUGAUCCAAACUGGUGGAAAGGAGAGAACCAUAGAGGAGUAGGUCUUUUCCCGUCCAACUUUGUCACAACCAACCUCAAUGCUGAGCCUGAACUAGUGACGUAUGUGGAGAAAACGCCUCCCCCUGAAGAGCCCAGUAUAGAAGCCAAGUUAGAGCCAGAGCCUGUCUUCAUAGAUGAGGAGAAGAUGGACCGGGCGCUGUAUCUGCUCCAGAACACCGACCCGGCUAACGCUGCCCCCGACAGCGCCGAGCUGGUCCAACUAGAGGGUGCUUGUGAGCAGAUGAAUCCAAUGAUUGAUGACAAGCUGGAAGACAUUGACAGGCAACACUCUGAGCUGUCAGAGCUGAAUGUGAAGGUCCUGGAGGCCUUGGAGCUCUAUAACAAGCUGAUGAAUGAGGCACCGUUUUACACAGCUUACUCCAAGCAGCAGCAGCAGCAGCAACAGACCCACUACGCCGCUGCUUCCCAAGUCCCCAUGCAGGGUUACCCCGGACAGCCAGCCGGCUCCUACAUGCCUCCAGGAAUGCCCCAGGGCCCCGCGGCCCAGCAGGCCUAUAUGGGCUCCGACCAGCCUGGGCCUCUCCACUCCCUCCCCCCUAACGUCACCUCACCCAAUGGUCAGCCGGGACAGCUUCCAUACAGCGCGCCGUACACACUUGCCGGUUACCCUCCGCAGAUGGGCGUGGCCCCGCAGAUGGACAUGUCGGCCUAUCAGAGCGCCAACCUGCCUCAGGCGUCCUAUCAGAUAGCCGCUUCGUCGCACCAGGCUCCGCAGCAGCAGACGUACUACCAGCAGCCUCUCCUGUGAAGGUUUCCUCUGCGGGCAGACCGCCGCCGUGGGUUUGUCCUCCCCUCGUCCCUCUUUUCUGUCCUUUUUAUUUAAACAUGUGAGAAAAUGUAAAAGAUGCAGAGGACGGCGCCAGGUGUGCGGCGUGGCCCCCUUUUCCCUAUAGGAUCUGUGUAGGAACAGUUUGCCAUUUCCGAUGACGCCCCUAGAGGACUGUGGUAAAGGCCGGGGUGUGUCUGAGGGGUGUGGGUGCACCAUGCCGGCCUCCUCACCACCGCAGCCCCUUUUUCAAAGGACCAAUGGUUUGAAUGGAGCGGGUGAAAUCUGUGAUUUUUUUCCUUGUCUUGGUUUGCGUCCUAAAACCCUGGUUUCGGGCGGGAUCGCCUGAUCGUUUCCGAAACUGUGUCGUUGAUGGUGGUAUCUCUUUUUGUCCUUUUUAAAUCAACAUCUUUUAAUUGUCUUAAGUUGGUUUUCUUGUCACCCUCGGCUUUGCUUUCUGUCUGUGUGUCUGGAAGUCAGUCCAAAUGAAGGAGUCUUUGUCUGGUCCAGGCACGGUUUGGAGUCAAUUUCAUUUCAGUUCAGUUGAUUCUGUAUGGAACCGACCCCAACCCUGGCCAGGGCUUCGUUUUUUUCUGCUUUUUUCUGCUCUAACAGAACAACCACUUUAGUUGACCCUUUUCCAGUUAUGUCUUUCUCUGGUAUUAUCAACCACCUGUUUUAUUAGAUAUUACACACAUAGUGGUUUUCUAUACACUGCCUGCCUUGCCAUUAUCUUUGUGUCAACUACAUUCUGGGGGCAAGGAGAAAUGUUCCUUCCCAUUUGCGUGCAACUUCACGGUGAUCAAAUUAGCAACACGAACAUUGUUCAAUAGCCUAUAUUUUUUAAUUGUGACCAGACAGCCUUUCUAAAUUAUUGCUGUUAUAGGUUCUGUACCAACCUUUUAUACACAUCACUUUUUUACUAAUGCAAAUGGUAUAUCCCUCGGUGACUGUCUUUCUGCGCUC